UCACCAAUCAUGGCUGCGCGCGUGUGCCGGCUCCAUCACGUCUCCCUGCACGUGUCUAACGCUGUACGUGUGGCCGGUGCGCUCGCCUCGCGCUUCCAGUUCGUGGCGGUGGGCGCGCGGGUCACGGCCCGCUCGCGGCAGCUCGCGCUGAGGAAGGGCUCGGCCGUGUUCGUCGUGAACGAGCGGCGCGACACCGGCGUGACCUGGACGGAGGCGGAGGAGAACGGGCAAGGGUACCUGUACGACGUGCGGCCGUGCUACGCGGUGGACAGCGCGUGCAACGUGUGCUUUGAGGUGGAGGAUGUGACCGAGUCGUGCGCGCGACUGAGCGACCGGGGCUGCGACGUGCUCGUACCCCCGACGGAGGUGUGCGACCCCGAUGGGGGCGGCUCCGUCACCUACUCCGUGAUUCGGUCGGUGGUGGGAAACGUGUGCCACACGCUGCUGGACCGGAGCCGUUACCAGGACCAGGGCGGGUUUCUGCCGGGGUUCCAGCGGGUCGGGGACGGAACCGACUCGGAACCGGACUCUCGAUGCCCGGUGACUCACUUCGACCACGUGACGUUCGCCUGUCCGAGACGCAGCACCGGAGAGGUGAUGAAGUGGUACCAGGAGAACUUUGGGUUCCAGAGGUUCUUCAUCGGCAGUAAUGAGGACGUGGAUGAGGGCUAUGUUCUGAAUCAGGAUGGGAUCGGACUGCGUCUGACGGCGAUGGAGUACUGGAAAUGCAGUGAAAUUGGACUUAGCAUUCCAUUUAAAGACUCUCAGACGCCGGACUGCAAAUUCGUUAUUGCAGAAUCUCUCCCAGAAAAGGGUCAAAACCAAGUGGACACGUUUCUGAAGCAGCACAGGGGUCCAGGGAUCCAGCACAUUGGCCUCUCCACUCAGAACAUUGUCUCCACUGCCGAGACGAUGGCUCAAGCUGGGGUGGAGUUCUUCACUCCUCCUCCUGCCUACUACACUGAGGUGGGAAAGCAGCAGGAGAUCUUGGAGGCGGGGCAUCAUCCAAAAGAGCUGAAGCAGCAUGGCAUCUUACUGGAUACUGACCUACGGAACCAUGAAGACAGUUCAACUAUGCCUAAUGGGAGGUACCUGCUGCAGGUGUUCACUAAGCCCUUAUUCUCUGAGGACACGUUCUUCCUGGAGCUGAUCGAGCGCAGGGGGGCCACCGGGUUCGGCGAGGGGAACAUCCGGGCCCUGUGGAGGUCUGUUCAGUCUUAUAUGGAGAAAGAGUCCUGCGAACAGAGACUGGACUCAGAGGUCAAAACCAAGCAGACUAGACAGCACUGAUGACUAGUCACAUGACCUGACAUUCAGUUGUACUGUAUUACUGUACUGUAUUUAUCCUCACUGAUUUAAUUCAUUGUGUACUAACACUCCUGACAUGCCUGCCUGCGUGUGUGUGUGAUGAACUGCGGUAUGUGUGUGAGCGGGUGUGAGAAAGGCUUAUGUCAUGUGUGUAUAAUAUUGAGGAGUAAUUAAUUAAUGAUUAAAAUCAUUGUAAACCAGCAUAA